AUGAGCACAACACCGCAGAAUGCAACUCCCUCAAGUGCCGAAUUCCUCUCUCGAGUUCAGUUGCCCCCCAGCCCCCCGAUUCGCCUACAACCCGUAUCGACUGAUCCGACCGAGAGCUAUGAGAACACAAAGCCAAAUACGGAAGCAUCAGAUUACUGGAAUGGGGGGCAACAACACAAAGAUGUGUCCCCUACCGCAAACGGCCAUGAGGUUGCACCUGGCCAAGUAGACCAGAAGAGGUCUCAGCCAUCCCCUGGCGAGGCAGAGCACAGUGUCGAAAUCCCCGCCGCUUCUUCAGGAGACCAUGAUGGCUCUGCUGCAGCUGGGAGAAGAAGUGUUCAGUUUGCGAGGCAAGAUCCCCAGCUGCUGUCUGCAGGCGGUCACAGCCGUCAAGGUUCAUGGGAUGGACCCGAAACUCCUGGAAGACACAAGAGCUUGUCCAUAAUGUCCAAGAUCAAGGCUUUGGCCAGCGCGCCCAGCACUCCAUCUCUGAAAUCUCCAAUUGCACCACCAUUCGCCGAGUCUGCUUCUCAAUCCGCUACCAACUCCCCUACUUCAACACGCUUCGGCACUCGGCUUCCCAAUAUUCUUACUGAAGAGCAGUCUGACGCCGAGGCCGAUGUCGAUGCUGAUGCUGAUGCUGACGUCGACGAGACUGCUGAUGAAUCAGCUAUCCCGGAGAAUGGCACGCGAAAGAAGAAGAAACGCAGAAUGAGGCGGUUCGCAAAGGGCCUUCCAUCGACGCCAUCAACACCAAGUCGUUUCGCAAGCGAUGCGGACACCUGGGGCGCAUAUAACCGCCUACUCCGGCGUCGGGCUAGUAUGCCAGAUACCUCCAUGGCGUCCGAAAACCCUGAGCAGGUAUUAUCAGAAGGGGACACUAGGAGCGGUCCUAAACGACGACCAUUCAGGCGUGGACACUCAUUCAUGGGAACGACCACGCAACCGCCUGGCGAAGGUGAUGACCUGAACGACAUGGAAAGUUCUGCUGUUGUAGGUCGCCGCAAUGGCCAUUUGCGACGAAUCACUGUAUUCGGCGGAGGCGGCGUUUCUGAUGGUGAUGCUAUGACGCCUCGCCGGCCAUUCUUUAACUCUGAGCGAGCCUCCAACUUUGGCGCACAAAAGUGGAAGCAGGUAAAAAGUACACUGAAGCUCUUGCGGCAGAAGAAGGAGGAUCGAUUCGAUUAUUUCAAAUCAGCGGAACUGAUGGCAGAGCUCAGAGCUGGCGCGCCGGCAGUCUUGAUGCUUGCUAGUAUGAUUCAAAGGGACGAGCACGGGAAUAAGAGGAUCCCUGUUCUCCUCGAACAACUGAAGCUCAAAAUUAAAGAUAGUUCCCCGAUCCCGGAUGACGAUAAAGACAGACAUUGGAUUUUCACCAUGGAACUCGAAUACGGCAGUGGCCCGAGUCGAAUGUGCUGGACAGUGAUUCGAACCAUCAGGGAUAUCUACAAUCUUCAUUUCAGGUACAGAUUUGCUCUCAACAAUGACAAGUAUAUGCUCGGCCGUGAUCUUGGAGGGCGCCCGAAGCAGCCCAAGUUCCCUUAUUCUGCCUUCCCGUAUCUGCGUCGAGCUCGGAACAAGGAUGAUGAUAGCGACGAGGAUGAACGGGCCAGUGUUCGAGGCGAUGAAACUGCUGGAGAAGGCACAGGCGGAGAGGGUACCGCGCCCGAGGACCAUGGAGACGGCACACAUGACGAGCAGCACCAGCCGACGAGAAAAAAGUCGCGUGCCAAUUUAUGGGGCAUGAGACGACGCUCAACUGGAUUUACGGACCCCGGGGAGCUGUCAAAUGCUGAAGGCACCGCUCAAGCUAUCGACAUAGCCACCCGCAGACAACGCUACGUGGAAAAACAAAGACGCAUCCUUGAAAAAUACCUAUCAGAAAUGAUACGAUGGCUCAUGUUCAGAGCUGAUAGCAACCGCCUUUGUCGAUUUCUGGAGCUGUCUGCUCUUGGUGUCCGUCUUGCUGCAGAGGGGAGCUAUCAUGGCAAAGAGGGAUAUCUGCACAUACAGUCAUCCAAGGGACUUGAUUUCCGCCGAGUCCUGACCCCAGCAAAGGUUAUUGCUCGCCAUAGCCGUAAGUGGUUCUUGGUUCGCCAGAGCUAUAUAGUUUGUGUCGAGUCACCAGAAAACAUGAAUAUUUAUGACGUGUAUCUGGUCGACUCCAAAUUCAGCAUCAGCUCCAAGAAGAAUGCGCUUCAACAGAUCGGCUCAAAAGAUAAGGCAAAGGAGAUUGACCUCACUGUUGAGGCACUCCCCCAAAAGCACCAUACUCUGACACUCCAUACAUCCGAACGCAAAGUACGUCUGUUUUCAAGAUAUCAGUCCGUCAUGAAACAAUUUGAGGACUCAAUCAAUGAAAUGCUCAAACAGACUGCAUGGUACGAGAAGAAGCGAUUCGGCAGUUUCGCGCCUGUCCGAAAUGGAGUCUUCGCACAGUGGCUCGUAGAUGGCAGGGACUACAUGUGGAAUGUCUCCCGGGCAAUUAACAUGGCCAGGGAUGUCAUUUACAUUCAUGACUGGUGGCUGAGCCCUGAGUUGUACAUGCGACGACCAGCAUGUAUCAGCCAGAAGUGGCGGCUUGACCGGCUCUUGCAGAAGAAAGCCAGAGAGGGUGUCAAGAUUUUUAUCAUCAUCUACCGGAAUGUCGAGGCCGCCAUCCCCAUCGAUUCCGAGUACACCAAGUUCUCACUAUUAAACCUGCAUCCAAAUAUUUUUGUACAACGGUCGCCUAACCAGUUCAAGAAGAACCAAUUUUUCUUUGCACACCAUGAAAAGAUUUGUAUUGUUGACCACGACGUGGCCUUCCUUGGUGGUAUCGACUUGUGCUUUGGCCGUUGGGACAGUCCCCAACACCCCAUCGUUGAUGAUAAACCUACUGGAUUUGAGAUGACAGAGCAACCAAAGGAUGCAGAGCACUGCCAGCUGUUUCCUGGAAAGGACUACUCUAAUCCCAGAGUCCAGGAUUUUUUCAGACUCAACGAGCCAUACGAAGAAAUGUACGAUCGCAGCAAGGUGCCUCGAAUGCCAUGGCAUGACGUUUCUAUGCAGGUUGUUGGGCAACCAGCGCGAGAUUUGACUCGCCAUUUUGUUCAGCGAUGGAACUACCUCCGUCGCGGACGGAAACCAACCCGACCUUUACCGUUCUUGCUGCCUCCUCCAGAUGCAAAACUGGAUGAGUUGGAAGCCCUCGGUUUGACUGGAACGUGCGAAGUGCAGAUACUUCGUUCCGCAACUACAUGGUCUCUUGGAACAGACGAGACGGAACACAGCAUUCAAAAUGCUUACAUCAAAAUGAUUGAGGACUCGGAACAUUUCGUGUACAUGGAGAAUCAGUUCUUCAUAACAAGUACAGAAGCAUACAACACCAAGAUUGUCAAUCGCAUUGGCGAUGCUCUGGUUGAGCGCAUCAUUCGCGCCCACAAAAAUGAGGAAGAUUGGCGCUGUGCAAUCAUGAUUCCUCUAAUGCCUGGAUUCCAGAAUACAGUGGAUGAACAAGAAGGAACCAGCGUCAGACUCAUUCUCAUGUGCCAAUACAAGAGUAUUUGCCGUGGGGAGCAAUCCAUAUUUGGGCGGCUCCGUGCCGUUGACAUCGAGCCUGAGGAUUACAUCGGCUUCUAUUGCCUGCGACAAUGGGGUGUGAUGAGCAACGAUGCCCUCGUGACGGAGCAGCUCUACAUCCAUGCCAAGACAAUCAUUGUUGACGAUCGAGUUGCUUUGAUUGGAUCUGCCAAUAUCAACGAGCGCUCAAUGCUUGGGACACGAGACUCUGAAUGCGCUGCGAUUGUGCGCGACACAGACAUGAUUGAAUCAACCAUGGCUGGAAAGCCCUACCAAGUUGGACGGUUCGCGCAUACUCUCCGACUGCGCCUGAUGCGAGAACACCUCGGCCUCGACGUCGACGAGAUUCUGGAAGAGGAACGACAGCAAGAGCUAGAUCGUGAUGUGUUUGAGAAGGAGAUGGAAGAAAUCUAUCGCGAGGACAAUGCUGAUAUUGGUGUUGGCUCAAGCAAGACUCGGCAGGAUAGUCUCUUGACCCCUCGCCAGAGAAGUUUCAACUAUGAACUUGACAUGGAACAUGCCAAGGCUCUCCAAGACACUUCUUUGCCAUCUUCGGAGUCGGAGUCGGAGUCGGAGGCGGGGUCGAAGAAGGGCAAGGAGGCAGACGUCGGUUUGAGCCCGCAACAGAAGAAGCAGCAGCGGCUAGACGUAUCUGGGUAUGGCGAGGACCAGUGGAAGCUCGCAGAGCAGUCCGGCUUGGAUGAAGGCCGCGACUCUGUCAUAGUUGGCGGUCGUGAAGUAUUGGUACAUGGCAUGAAUACUGAGGGCAGGGGAACCAUCUGUCAGCCGAAGCCACCUCAUGAGCUUGUCAUCAUGUCUGACAAUCGACACCUUGGCAAUGAGGGUCCUGGAACCGGAGAUCUCCCACCUAUGCCUGCGAUGAAUCGACGCACAACAGAGCAGCUUGGUCUCCUUCGACCCGCCCAGCUACCACCUCUCCCGGUGGCUGAUGACACUGAUAUUGGCGGGCCGGCGGUACACGUCGACCCUACAACUGGUCGUCCAAAGAGUGGCGCUUUUCAUCCCAUGGCUGCCGAUAUUACACCAACGGACAUCUCCAAGGACUGUAUGCGGGAUCCCCUCCUCACUAGCUUUAUCGAUGAUAUUUGGAAUCGUGCAGCUCUGAACAACACCAAGAUUUACCGCAGAGUUUUCCGAUGCAUGCCAGAUUCCGAAGUGAGGACUUGGCAAGAGUAUCGUGAGUACGUGGAUUACGGAACGCGUUUCCGUGCGAGCAUGGAAGGCAAGCCUAAUGGAGAGGAGUCCGAGUCCAAAGCUGAGACUAAUAAUCAGGUUGAGUCUACUGCUGGCGGAGCGGGCAUUGGAGCGCCUGGCCCUGAAGCAAUAGUAGCUGCCGCCAAGGAGAAGACAAUGAAGCAGCUUCCAUUCCUUGAGCAAGAUAUGGGCAAACUUGAUAUCACGGUGGCGCAAAAUGGUGACGGGGAGCUAAAUGAGAAAUCAAUGGAGCCAGCUCAACAACCACGUGGUCCUCUCGAUUCGAAUCCCGUCCAAAGAUCUGAAAAGAUUGCCGAUGCUUCGCCUACAACAGUACCAAAUGGCCACGUGGGCGUUCCUGUACCUGAGGAAGCCCCUGCUAAGCUUCUGGAACCGCAGGCCAGCAGGAAUACGGACCGUAAGACAGCCUUCGCUACAUUGGACAAGCCGCCCUCGCGGGAGACUCCCAAUAUCCCGUCGCAAGCUCAAUUCGGGUCCGUCAAAAAGCGUCGUCGUGCCAACACCAAAGGAAGCCGUCGUGGAUUCUCCCUCGAAGACAUGCCUUCUAGAGCUGAUGCCGAAGAGCUACUCAAACUGGUCCAAGGCAACAUUGUCCAGUUUCCGUACGAUUGGUUGUUAACUGAAGAGCAGAAUGGAAACUGGGGCUACCAAGUAGACGGUGUUGCUCCGUUGUCAAUCUAG